AUGGCUGACGCUCUUGCCACUCAGCUCAAUAAUGUCAAACUUGGAGAUGGAAACAUAGAUCCCCGGCUACAGGACACUCUGAAAUUACCUCCCAAAGAUACACGCCCACAAACUGAGGAUGUUACCGCAACCAAGGGCCUUGAAUUUGAGGACUUUUACAUUAAGCGUGAACUGAUGAUGGGAAUUUUCGAGGCAGGUUUUGAAAAACCCUCACCCAUCCAAGAAGAGUCAAUCCCAGUCGCUCUUACUGGUAGAGAUAUUCUCGCGCGAGCAAAGAAUGGCACUGGUAAAACAGCUGCCUUCGUCAUUCCCACUCUUGAACGAAUCAAUCCUAAGAGCACCAAAACCCAGGCUUUGAUCCUGGUCCCCACGAGAGAGUUGGCUCUUCAAACCUCGCAAGUUUGCAAGACUCUCGGCAAACAUCUCGGCAUUAAUGUCAUGGUCACCACAGGUGGAACUCAAUUGGUGGAUGAUGUUAUGCGACUGAAUGAUGCUGUUCAUGUCCUGGUGGGUACUCCCGGCAGAGUACUCGAUCUCGCCAGUAAAGGUGUUGCUGAUUUGUCUGAAUGCCCGACUUUUGUAAUGGAUGAGGCGGACAAGCUUCUCUCUCCCGAGUUCACACCUGUUAUCGAACAACUCUUGUCGUUCCAUCCAAAGGACCGCCAGGUCAUGCUUUUUAGUGCAACAUUCCCUCUGAUUGUCAAGUCCUUCAAGGACAAGCACAUGCGCAAUCCUUAUGAGAUCAACCUAAUGGACGAACUGACCCUUCGUGGAAUUACCCAGUACUACGCAUUUGUGGAGGAAAAGCAAAAGGUCCACUGCUUGAAUACCUUGUUUUCCAAGCUUCAAAUCAACCAGUCAAUUAUUUUCUGCAACUCGACCAACCGUGUGGAACUCCUUGCCAAGAAGAUCACUGAGUUGGGAUACUCAUGCUUCUAUUCACACGCCCGUAUGCUCCAGCCACACCGGAAUCGGGUGUUCCACGAUUUCCGUAACGGAGUGUGCCGCAACUUGGUUUGCUCUGACCUCCUGACCCGAGGUAUUGAUAUCCAAGCAGUGAAUGUUGUGAUCAACUUCGAUUUUCCAAAGAACGCAGAGACUUACCUCCACCGUAUCGGUCGCUCUGGUCGAUUUGGACACCUAGGUCUCGCAAUCAACCUGAUCAACUGGGAAGAUCGUUUCAAUCUCUACAAAAUUGAGCAGGAGCUUGGUACUGAAAUUCAGCCAAUUCCUCAAAAUAUCGACAAGAAGCUCUAUGUUUACGACUCACCAGAGAAUAUUCCUCGGCCGAACUCUGGCUCCCUCCAACCUCAAGGCACAGGUCAGCAGCCAGGUAACGGAGAGCGUACUCGUCGCCAACCCCAUCACCAGAACCAUCACCAGAACCACCACCAGAAUGGACAAUACCAUAACCGUGGCCGGGGUAAUGGUAACUUCCGUGGUGGCCGCGGACAAGGUCCUCGACGUGGUCACUCUUCUGAUCACAACAAGGCCGCUUUUGCUACGGGUCAAGUUGAAGCAGCGGCACCACCAGCACCUGUCUCUUAA